AUGAGGAACGGAGACGGCCGCCGUCCCGACAUGGUGAUCGACAUCGGGAAGCCGGUGAAGCUGACCGGCGGGCUGGAGUUCUCCGCCCUUACGUACACGGUGAUCAAGAAGGCAAAGGACCUCUCCGGCCAGUGGGAGAAGAAGGAGGUUGAUCUACUCCAUGAGAUCACCGGCUACGCCCCGAAAGGCUGCAUCACCGCCGUCAUGGGCCCCAGCGGCGCCGGUAAGUCCACCUUCCUCGACGCCCUGGCCGGGCGGAUUGCGAGCGGGAGCUUGAUCGGGAGGGUCUCGUUGGAUGGCGCCGACGUUAGCCCUAGCUUGAUCAAGCGGACGUCCGCUUACAUCAUGCAGGAGGACCGCCUCUUCCCGAUGCUCACGGUCUACGAGACACUCAUGUUCGCUGCCGACUUCCGCCUCGGGUCCAUUUCCCGAGACGAAAAGCGGCAGCGCGUGGAGGAUUUGAUACAACAACUUGGUUUAUCUUCUUCGAGGAAUACCUACAUAGGCGACGAGGGGACGAGGGGGGUUUCGGGCGGGGAGAGGCGGCGCGUGUCGAUCGGGGUCGACAUCAUCCACAAGCCAUCUCUGCUUUUCCUGGACGAGCCGACUUCGGGGCUCGACUCGACAAGCGCGCACAGCGUGAUCGAGAAGGUGCACGACAUAGCGCGGUCCGGGAGCACCGUGAUCCUGACGAUCCACCAGCCGUCGUCGCGUAUUCAGCUCUUCUUGGACCACAUGAUCAUCCUUGCCCGAGGGCAGCUCGUGUACCAGGGCCCGCCGAAAGACGUCGGGCCCCAUCUCGAACGGAUGGACCGCCAGCUCCCCAAGGGCGAAAAUGCCAUUGAGUACUUCAUCGACGUGGUGCAAGAGUACGAUCAGUCGGCCUUCGGAGUCGAGGCCGUGGCGGAGUUCGCGCUUACUGGAGUUAAGCCGCCGCCACUUUCCGGGGGGCACGGAGCUUAUCCGCCCCCCGCUUCGACCUGGCCUCCGGUAGUGCACGAGGGGCACGGAAAGAAGACUAAUAACAAACGCCUUCAUUUGCAAACCGGAACAAAUGAUAGUUUUGAUCAUAGUGUGAGAAGCCCUUGGAAUAAUAACACAUCAAGAUCAUGGAGUAAUAGCCAAUCAAUGAUUUACACACCCACCAGAAAUUAUGCUGAUAGAAAUCGAGCCAGUGCAUCUCCGGGCGGAUACUACACGAGCUCGAGCGACAUCCUACAACACACACCAACGCCGCGCAGCAGCGACUACACCGUCAACGAGGACGACUACAUAACUCACAGUAGCAUCCACCCGGAAGGCCAAGGAGGGGGCGGUCCCCUCCUCGGCCCCAAGUUCGCCAACUCGUUAAUCCCGGAGACAUGGAUAUUGAUGCGGCGCAACUUCAUCAGCAUCCGUCGCACGCCGGAACUGUUCCUGUCCCGGCUCGUCGUCCUGACGGUGAUGGGGAUUAUGAUGGCGACGAUGUUCUGGAAACCGAAGCAUGACCAGCAGGGCAUCACCAACACCCUGAGCUUCUUCAUCUUCACCGUCUGCCUCUUCUUCUUCUCCUCGAACGACGCCGUCCCGGCCUUCAUCCAGGAGCGUUUCAUCUUCGUCCGCGAGAGCUCCCACAACGCCUACCGCGCCUCCUCCUACACCGUCGCCGGCCUCAUCACCUACCUCCCCUUCCUCGCCCUGCAGGCCGGCGUCUACGCCGCCAUCGUCUGGUUCCCGCUCAAGCUCGACGGUCCGUUCGUCUACUUCCUCCUCGUGCUCUACAUGUCGCUGCUGUCCACCAACUCGUUCGUUGUCUUCGUCAGCUCCGUCGUGCCAAACUACAUCCUCGGGUACGCAGCCGUCAUCGCGUUCACGGCGCUCUUCUUCCUCUUCUGUGGCUACUUCCUCGACAACGACGCCAUCCCGGGCUACUGGAAGUGGAUGCACUACGUCUCCACCAUGACCUACCCCUACGAGGGGCUGCUCAUGAACGAGUACCGGACCAGCAACGAUUUCGGCGGGAUCGCCGGUGACACGAUCUUGAAGUCGCUCGGGAUCAAAACCGACGACGGUUUGAAGUGGCAGAAGGUGUAUUGGAUGGCAGGGUGGGCUGUUGUUUAUAGGGUGCUUUUCUAUAUUGUUCUGCGUUUCUUCUCUAAGAACCAAAGAUCUUAG